AAUCUAGAUCACAAAUGUCAAACUCGUCAAAACUAGGCGAGAAAAGUGUAUUGUUGUUAUUUCUUCUAUUAAUUUAAUACUUAUGAUAUUACUAUUUGCUCAUUGUGGUCGAUAAUUUCAAUACAUGUUAAAACGAUUUAAAAUUACAUUUGUCAUUUUUAUUUACUAGUUCUAGUGUCGACGAUGGUUGAAGACUCGAGCUUGAAUUCCAACAAACCAAAGACAAAAACAACACGACCAAAAGCGGUAUACUUAUGGACAGAAGCCGAUGUGCAAAAAUGGUUACGACGUCACUGCAGCGACUACUACAAUCUUUACUGGGAACGAUUUCAUGAGCAUGACAUAACAGGCAGAGCACUGGUCCGCAUAAAUGACAACACCUUACUACGGAUGGGAAUCACCAACAAGGAACACCGAGAGGCAAUAUGGAGAGAGAUACUCAAACUGAGACUGAAGGCUGAUAUUGUGGAAAUUAGAGACUUAGAGAGGAGACACAACUAUUUCAACUAUGACUUGUGACAAAACAUUGACUGUGAAAGUGAAGGACCAGUUAUGUGGAAGAACCAAUACCCAUUGUUGAAGAAGUAUUCUCUAAAUAAUGAUGGUGACAUAUACAAUAAACGCAGUGCUGUAGCUCAUCUCUACCGUGCCUUACUUAUUAUACUUAGACUAGGUAAGAAUAUAAAUAGAUGAUCCAAAUGUUGCUAUUUAACAAAUUCCUACUAUAUUAGUAGAUUUUAUUAAUCAGUUGCUCAUCUAAUAAUUGAUGAUUUACAGAUAUUUAUUUCUAAACUAGUAAUGGAAACUUAUUAUAUAAACAAAUGCAAUCAAAUUAUUAAGUGUUUUCAUGUAUUAUUAAUUACAUUUUAAGAUUGUUUAAAAUAAGGCUAAGGUAUCCAUAGCUGCUUAGUAUUUGCAGGAGUUUAACUCCAUGCCUUGUAUAUCCGUCGCUAGAAUUGUUUUUAAGAGGCUCAAUAUAGAAUAUACCAUUUCAUGUAUUUAUCUUGUUAUGCUUCACAGUAAAAAUGACCAGUGUUUUGUAUUUUAAAAACAUAUCUUUUUAUGGUCAUGGGUUUCACAUCUUAAAUUGUAUGAAUGUUGUUAAAAUUAUAUUAUAGAGAUUUAAACUUAGAAGCUUUUUAAAAAUAUAUUUCAUCCAAUCCAACAUUGUUAGAGAAAUGUUUACCUUUAAAGGAAAUGUAUUUGUUUUCUUAAAUCCUCUAAUAUUGUCUGUUAUUAUAUUGUGUAUCAUUAUCAAGGCAAUUUAAAAAACCUGUAAAAAUUAAAGCUUUUCAUAAAUUAAUGUUGUGUGAUAACAAUUAGCAUUUUACAUCUUAGGUAGUUAAAUAAUUUUCAAAUACAUUAAAAAAACUAUAGAAAUUGUAGCUUAUUUUAAUGGCAAUUUUAUAGUUAUCCAAACAAUAUAUUAAUAGCUGCAGUGUAGUACUGUAAGAAAGUAGAUAGAAAUUAUGUAAAUAUAGAUAGUAGGAUAUUGUAAAUUUGAAAUAAAAACAUUUUAUAGAUUUUUAA